AUGAAAUGUGGUGUUUUGUUGACCGUUUCUUGUAUUCUCACAUUCCUCGUUCUAUGCUAUGCUAGAGAGGUGGAGUCCAAAACAAAGUGGGGAUGCGACAUGAACAGACAAUUUCCUGGAACAUGUGGAACUAAUGGGAAUAGUACAUGCAUAAGCGACAUCAAGAAAAUGCGUCGUGCGCCAAAAGAUCUUGUGAUACGUUGCGAAUGCUCUGCCGCUUUUGUUUGGCCGGGUAGACCUGCCGAGCGUUUAUGUAAAUGUCAAUAUGAUUGUUAA